AUGGUAGUAAUGGUUAUUGAUGGAUAUGCUGCUGUUUUUUUAGAUAUGGCAAAGUCGUUAUCGGGAACUAAUAUUCGUGAAGAUACUAGCGUAAAAUUUACACGAUUACCAUUGAAACCAUUUGGUCACAAGACGGCACAUUUGGCCUAUUUUGAUUAUAAUGAAGAUAUUGGACGAUCUUUACAAUUCAUUUUAAAUGAUAGUGAAUUUGCACCACCAGCACCAAAAUUACUUGUCGUUUUCGAAGGUAGCGUUCGAUUACCAUCCGAACGUCUAAAUGAAUUUAAUGAAAAACAAUUUUGUUCAUCAAUGGCACGUUUACUAUUAGCAAUUGGAAAGAAUAGUCAAAAAGACGAUCAAUCAGUUCCAUGGGUAUUUUCAAAUAUCAGAUAUGAUUCAGUUGCAGAGAGAAUAAUUCAGUUAACAAAACAACAAUAUUUGGCAAAUGAUAUUUCACUUUCUAAGUUUAUUACAAUUGGUAUAGAUGUUUGUCCAGCAGUACAAGAAGAAUCACUGAAUACAUACUUUAGUCUUGUGAAUGCGUUACAAUCAACAACAAUAAAAGCAACUGAAUCAUCGUCUAAUUAUAAUAAUCGCAUCUUAAAUAAACGUUUAUCGAGGAUUAUACUGUACGGUCAACGUUCACAUGAUCUGAUUGAUCGACGAGCAGUACUACAACGAUUCAUUGAGGAAGCCAGUCGAAAUAGUGAUAAUGUCAAAAAUGAAUCGAUUAGCGUACCGAAAAUAAUGAUAUUGUAUGGAGGUGAUGAUACAAAUUCGGAGCCAAUACACAGGUUAAUGAAUAUUGAAUUAGAACGACGAAAAUUUGGACUUGUUAUUAUUCGUGGUACUGGUGGUCUUGCUGAUAUACUAGCUUGGGUAUAUGAUAAGAUAAAAAAUGGAAUGACGGUUUAUGAUACAAGUCGAGGAUCAUUAACAACAACAUUUCUUCGAGAGUUAAAAGUGAUUGUCAAUCAAGAAAUCGGCGUUCUUGAACCAAAUGAAGCAUUGAUUAUAUUGAUCACGCAUUUGGCAAUGACGCGCUGUAAAAAAGUAGCCGUUUUUGAUUGUGAAUUUGGCGAAGAAGAAGAUCUCUCACUAUGUCUUCUAGAAGCUUUAGUGACAGCAAGUCAUAAUCAACGUUUACUAUCGUUAAAACUUCAUCUUGCCUUCGAUUUAAAUCAGCCAAAAUUUGCUAAUCGAAUUUUACGUCAAAAUCCAGACAUACCAGAAGAUGAUUUGAUUAAUUUGGCAAAAAUGGCUAUUAUUCGUGAUCAAAUAGAAUUUUUAGCUGUACUGGAAGAUGCAGGUGGUAUAACAUCGGAUAAUUUAGGACUUGAUUAUGAUGUAGAAUUAUCUCAAAAAAUGAGUUAUAACCAUGAAAUAUUUCUUGAGAUUAUCCAAUCAAUAUUUGCUUGUCCACUAGCGGAAAUUUAUAAACCUAUGGAUGAAAGUAAUGAAACACAAGAGGACGAAGUUCAAUUAAUUAAUGUUAAAUUAUUUCUAUGGUCAAUUUUUUUUGAUCAUUAUCAACUUGGUUUACAUUUUUAUAAACGUUUAAAUGAUAAACUUUGUGGAGCAUUAGUUGCCGCACUAAUCUAUCGUCGAACAGGUGAUUUAUCUAUUAAACGAUCAUCAACCGAAAGUGUUACUGUAGAAAAAUUAUUCUUCCAUGCUGAAGAAUACGAAAAGAUGGCCAUGAGAUUAUUACAAACGUUGUAUGUUACAAAUCCACAUAUGGCUCGUUUAACAAUAAAACGUGAAAAUUUUGAAUUUAAUAAAAUGUCAAGUUUAGAAAUCGCCAUUAUCGGCCGUAGUGAGAAUUUUGUGGGUCAUGCGUGUGUUCAAGAAGUAUUUGAUUUAAUUUGGACGGGUGAUACACCUCAUAAGAUCAAAGGAAAACAUUUUGAACGAAUGUUAGUGGGUGCUCAAACAGCAUUUGGACAAUCUACAUCUUCUAUUCAAUCAAAAGAUCAACAACAAAAAUGGCCAAUAUGUAUGACAAAAAUGCGCAGUCGAUUAUCGAGACCAAGAGUCAAAUAUCAAUUUCAUUUUGUUUUUUAUGUGGCAUUUCUUACGUUAAUUACCUAUAUGGUAUUGUUUGUUAAAACAUCAUUACUUGAAAUAAAUAGUGAGUCAUCAUUAAAAACAAUUGGUAAUACGACAAUUAUUAUUGAUAAUUAUAAUUCGAGAAGUCGUGAAUCUCAAUUUUCUUUGUUACAAACAUUUAUAUCAGUUUGGGUGUUUAUGUUUGCUCUAGAAGAAUUUCGACAAGCAAAACUUUUUAAAACAAAAGAUGUUGGAAUUAUUGAUACAUUUCUACUAUACAUUGAUUCAUCAUGGAAUUUACUGGAUACGACGUGCGUCGUUCUUUAUGUAACGUCAGUUGUACUCGAAAUAUAUAAUACAAAAACAGCAUUAAAUGCGGCAAGAGCAUUUCUUGCUAUUGAUGUUGUCUUGUGGUAUAUUCGUCUGUUAAUAUUGUUAAUGAUUGAUCGUGUUGUUGGACCAAUGCUACUAAUGAUUAAGGCUAUGCUCAGUGAUAUGAUGACUUUCUUUUCAAUAUUUUUUGUAUUUACAACGGCUUAUGGUGUAGCAAGUUUUUCAUUACUCAAAGGUGGUCAACCUGAAUUUGAUUUGAGCAUUAUUCGCAAAAUUUUUCAUUCAGCUUAUUGGCAUGUAUUUGGAGAAAUAAAUGAUAUGGAUGAAGUGAAAGAUAAUUAUGAAUUAUCGGGUUGGGCUGCAUUUGUACUUUUGGCUUUGUAUAUGGCAGUUAGUAAUAUUUUGCUCGUUAAUUUACUUGUUGCCAUGUUUAGUAAUACGUUUGAUCGAAUGUAUUCUAAAAUGGAUACAUUAUGGAAGUUUCAUCGUUACCAUAUCAUCAAGGAGUAUACAAUAUUAUCGCCGUUACCACCACCAUUGAAUCUGUUGAGCUCUGGAAACUACCACCAAAGACCCUUCAAUCCUGAAUUAUUACCAAUUCAAAUAUUAAAUCUUCGACGUCGUGAAGCUUUGGCCUAUGAAACUGAUAUAUUUGAUAAUUUAAAUAAAUCAAAACAAACAGAUAUUAUGCGUUCACAACGUUUAGAUGUACAGUUACAAAAAUUAAAAAAAUUACUUUCCCACAUCAAAAUAACAUGUGAGGCACACUCACAAAUGUAA